AUGGACGUCUCCGCGCGCGUGCUCGUAUUUUUAUUCGUAAUCGCGCUCGUAACUGUCCGCGCUCACAUGUCGCUUCCCUCUCACGAUAACAUCCUUAGAAUACAACUUUGGGAUGCUGAGGGGUUAGUUAGAGAACCGAUAGCCACAGAUGCUCCGAAAAUCGUAAGACAUAAAACAAAAGUUGACUUAUCAUCCUUAUAUGAUGCGAUGAUGGGUGAUGAGUAUGAACACGGUGUAGGGCGGUAUGCAAGACAUAAAGUUAGGCAUAAGAGGCGGAGGCCGCGUCAAAGCGGGACCGAUCUACCCUGGAGGUUCCAUUCUGGGACAAAGGUGAUGAACGUUGCGGUCUACGAUGAUGAUGUGCCAUGGAAUGUGAUAGAGGGAGCUGGUAGCGAGAACUCAAGUGCAGUGAGUGAUACAAGUGCAAGUUACCAAGUGUAUCAUCGUGAUGUGUCGCUGCCGAUGCCGCUUCAACGAGACGAGGUAAAAAUAACACCAUUUUAA